GAUCUCAUCAAAAUAUGCUGCUGCUUUCAAGGAAGAGACAGCGUUCAACACUUACUGUCUUUGCUUCCCUUUUCUUUUCUUUCCCAAACAAUAGAUUUCAUUUUCCAGGCUUUCUUUAAGGCGGGUCUGUUUUCUUUCACAGUGGAGAGAAUUUCGUAAGCUUUGGAGCAUGAAUAUUGCUCCAAAGGGUUCACAGGGCAGAGUUUGCAGAGAGGAAGAGAGAGGAGCUGAGUUUCCUCAACAUCUGGGUUAAAGAUGUUGGAAAAGGUCAUCGGCUUGGUGACGAUCCGGAAUGAGACAGUCCGGCAAGGUCUGGCAGAGGCCCUGGCAACCUACCUUCUGAUGACGGUUGGCAAUGCCUGCGUUGCCCAGGUGGUGUUGGGACGGAAGGAGUAUGGGCAGUAUUUGAGCAUCAAUCUGGCAUUUGGAUUCGGCGUCAUGCUGGGUGUCCACGCCGCAGGUGGAAUCUCAGGAGCUCACAUGAAUGCCUCCAUCACCUUUGCAAACUGCCUCAUAGGAAAUCUCUCCUGGUACAAGUUUCCGGCGUACGUGAUUGGACAGUUUCUGGGCUCCUUUUUGGCUGCCUGUACAGUUUUUGCUCUGUACUACGAUGCUCUCCAGGAGUAUACGGGAGGAAUCCUGACCGUCACGGGACCUACUGCCACCGCAGGGAUCUUUUCCACCUACCCGGCUCCAUACAUGUCUAUGUGGGGUGGGUUUUUUAAUGAGGUCAUUGCCACCAGUAUUCUUCUCAUUGGAGUCCUCUCCAUCAAUGACACAAAGAAUGCGGCCGCCCUUCAGGGCACAGGCGCAUUUAUCACGGGGCUUCUCGUUGUGGCGAUUGGCAUGUCCAUGGGCAUGAACACCGGCUACGCCAUCAACCCUUCCCGGGAUUUGCCACCAAGGAUUUUCACUGCCAUUGCUGGAUGGGGUCGGGAUGUCUUCCUAGCUGGAAAUUGCUGGUGGUGGGUCCCCAUUGUGGCCCCAACGUUGGGGAGCCUGCUUGGAAUCUUCAUCUACAACAUCUUUGUUGACUUCCACAACCGACCUCAGCCAAAGCCAGAACCCUGUCAGACGAACGAAUGCAAUAAAGACAGCCUGGACAUUGAGGUCCAGCUGUGAAAGCAGGACUGGGAAACGAUGGAGCAAAGACAGCUUUCAGCAGACUGUAAUAUUUUGAAUGUGCCAUCAGACAACUGUGCACAAUAAAUGGAAUAAAUGGAAAUGUGCGUGUUAGACAAGCUGGAAGAACAUUGGAGUUUUUCUGCUCACGACGCAAGCAAUUGCUUCUAUAACCAAUCUGUUGCGAAAUACCUCUGGAAUCUCAGUAGGAAUGUUCCGUGUCAUAAGUAUAUUCAUUAGGCACUUUCAGAGAAAGAAGUAAACAGACUCCAGUGCUGCGUUUUGUAGUAACUAUAUUGAUCACAUAGACAAAGGGGACAUUACAUUUUA